AUGAGAACUCUUGAUCGAUGGCUUUUAACGGCCGUUCUCGUGGUUCUCCUCUCGGCUUCUUCAUCCUUCGCCGCGAAAAAGAAGGUCAAGGUGGCGAAGAAGAGGAGUAACAAGGAGGUGACUUAUGAUGGAACAUCUUUGAUCGUCGAUGGCAAAAGAGAACUUCUUUACUCUGGCUCUAUACAUUAUCCACGAAGCACUCCUGAAAUGUGGCCACAUAUUAUCAAGAGAGCGAAACAAGGUGGUUUGAACACGAUUCAAACAUACGUUUUUUGGAAUGUGCAUGAGCCUGAGCAAGGAAAGUUCAACUUUUCGGGACGAGCUGAUUUGGUUCACUUCAUAAAGUUGAUCGAGAAGAAUGGCAUGUAUGUGACAUUGAGGCUUGGACCGUUUAUUCAAGCUGAAUGGACUCAUGGAGGACUUCCUUAUUGGCUUAGAGAAGUUCCUGGAAUUUUCUUCCGUACAGACAACGCACCAUUCAAGAUAGAGAAUGAGUAUAGCGCGGUUCAACGUGCAUAUAAACAAGACGGACUAAACUACAUAAAAUGGGCAUCUAAGCUUGUGGACUCAAUGAAUCUCGGGAUCCCAUGGGUUAUGUGCAAGCAGAACGACGCUCCUGAUCCUAUGAUCAAUGCUUGCAAUGGAAGGCAUUGUGGUGAUACUUUCCCCGGUCCAAACAGAGACAACAAACCAUCUUUGUGGACUGAGAAUUGGACUACUCAGUUCCGUGUGUUUGGUGAUCCACCAACUCAGAGAUCAGUAGAAGACAUCGCUUUCUCAGUUGCUCGAUUCUUCUCCAAGAACGGAAGCCAUGUGAACUACUACAUGUACCAUGGAGGGACAAACUUUGGAAGAACCUCUGCACAUUAUGUAACCACUCGUUACUACGAUGACGCACCUCUUGAUGAGUAUGGUUUAGAGAAAGAGCCUAAGUAUGGUCAUCUUAAGCAUCUUCACAAUGCCCUUAACCUCUGCAAGAAACCACUUCUUUGGGGUCAGCCUAAAACCGAGAAGCCUGGAAAAGAUACAGAGAUUCGAUACUACGAACAGCCUGGAACGAAAUCUUGUGCGGCUUUCUUGGCUAACAACAACACGGAAGCUGCAGAAACCAUUAGAUUCAAGGGGAGGGAUUACGUUAUCGCGCCUCGUUCCAUUAGUAUUCUUCCAGAUUGUAAAACUGUUGUCUACAACACUGCACAGAUUGUUUCUCAACACACUGCAAGGAACUUCAUGAAGUCUAAAAAGGCGAACAAGAAGUUUGAUUUCGAAGUUUUCACCGAGAAAUUGCCUGGUAAACUCCAAGGUGACUCUUACAUACCCGUUGAGCUUUACGGUUUGACGAAAGACAAGUCAGACUAUGGAUGGUACACAACAAGCUUCAAUGUCCAUGAGAAUCACUUACCUAAGAAGAAAGGAGUUAAGACUGUCUUGAGAAUUGCUAGUCUUGGACAUGCGUUGCACGUUUGGCUUAACGGAGAAUACCUAGGAAAUGGACAUGGAAGCCAUGACGAGAAGAGCUUUGUUUUCCAGAAGACGGUUGCAAUUAAAUCAGGAGAGAAUAAGCUUGUUAUGCUUGGUGUUCUUACAGGGUUCCCGGACAGUGGAUCCUACAUGGAGCAUAGAUACACCGGACCUCGUAGUGUUUCCAUCUUAGGAUUGACUUAUGGAACACUUGAUCUCACUGAAAACAGCAAAUGGGGGAACAAGGUCGGUAUGGAAGGGGAAAGACUCGCAAUUCAAACCGAGGAAGGUUCAAAGAAGGUCACAUGGAAGAAAUUCUCAGGGAAAGCACCAGGACUUACAUGGUACCAGACAUACUUCGAUGCACCAGAAAGCCUAAAUGCAGCGGCAAUUCGCAUGAGCGGUAUGGGAAAAGGGUUGAUUUAUGUGAACGGAGAAGGCGUUGGAAGAUAUUGGAUGUCUUUCUUGUCACCUUUAGGCCAACCUACGCAAAUAGAGUAUCACAUCCCUAGAUCUUUCUUGAAGGCCAAGAAAAACCAUCUUGUUAUAUUCGAGGAAGAGCCUAAUGUGAAGCCUGAGCUUAUAGACUUCGUCAUCGUUAACAGAGACACUGUUUGCUCUUUCGUCGGAGAGAACUACACUCCAAGUGUUAGACACUGGGUUAGGAAGCAAGACCAGGUCCAAGCCAUCACCGAAAACGUGAGUCUCACGGCUACUCUUAAAUGCUCAGGCACUAGGAAGAUUGCAGCCGUUGAGUUCGCUAGCUUCGGAAACCCUAUUGGUGUUUGUGGAAACUUCACACGUGGUACUUGUCAUGCUCCUGUUUCAAAGCAAGUCGUUGAGAAGCAUUGUUUGGGGAAAGCAGAGUGUGUGAUUCCGGUGAACAAGAGCACAUUCGAACAAGACAAGAAGGAUUCAUGCAAGAAUGUUGUGAAGACGCUUGCCGUGCAAGUCAAGUGUGGUCGUGGCAAGAAGAAGUGA